AUGUCUCAAAAAUCGAAGACUUCAAUCACACACAAUUUCGAGAAAUACUCCACCAAGGAGGAUGUUGUUGCUAUGCCUCUCGAGAACAUCAACACACUCGAAGCAGCAGUCAAUUCGGAGAUCGUGGAAAAUCCUGAAAAUGCCAGAGAUUCAACCAACGUGAUCAAGUCUACUACUCCUGGAUACUCCACAAUCGGGCAAUCUGUUACUGCACACAUCCGCGGGACAAGACUGCGCUCUGGCGAGCAUUGA